GGCAUUCACUCGAGUCCGCCUUGGUUUUCACUCGCCUCAACGCAACCCAAAGAAUAAAAAAUGGCCUUCGCUGGUGUUCUCAAUGAUGCUGAUGUCAAAGCCGCCCUUGACGGCUGCGCAGCCGCUGACUCCUUCGACCACAAGAAGUUCUUCAAGGCAUGCGGCAUGUCCGGCAAGUCCGCCGAUGAUGUCAAGAAGGCCUUCAAAAUCAUUGACCAGGACAACAGCGGCUUCAUUGAGGAGGAGGAGCUGAAGCUGUUCCUGCAGAACUUCUCUGCUGGUGCCAGAGCACUCACUGACAAGGAGACCAAGACUUUCCUCGCCGCUGGUGACAGUGAUGGUGAUGGCAAGAUCGGAGUUGAUGAGUUUGCUGCCCUUGUAAAGGCAUAAAUUUCCUUGACCAAGAUCCACUUCUUUUCACGGAACUGCAAACUCCUUUCAAGAUUCAGUAAUCAUCAGCUGAAAGAAUAUUUUUUAUACCUUAUUUAUGAGUUGCCUGCGGAUUAUUUCUCAACAAGGAACACAUAUUUUACUGUGAAUGUUUCUCAGAUGUGUUAAAUUGUUCUGAAAAUGACUUGUGCAAACUGUACAACACCAUCUGCACUUUUGAGGAAGAGUGAAAAACCAGGAAUAAAUACUCUUUUGGUGUAAAGUAA